AUGGCGCCAAGAAGAAAUCCAACACUCUCAGAGGAUCUAAUAAGUGAGAUUCUGGUACGCGUACCCGUGAAACCGUUACUAUGCUUUCAAUCGGUCUCGAAGACAUGGUUAUCGCUAAUUAAACACCCUGCUUUCGUCAAGUCUCAGCUCCGUCACGCACUCGAAACUAAUCAAAAUCUUAUUAUGAGCCUCUACAAAGAAGACACCAUGAUGGAGACUAAUUUAAACGUAGACCAGGGGAAUAGACUUUUCCAGCUCAACGUUGAUUCUCGUAAAAUUGUGGCUGAUUUGAAAGGUGUGUUUCUUAAUUCCUAUUUAUAUACACUUGUUGGUUCUGCUAAUCGUAUUGUCUGUGUGGCUGUUGAUGAUCUCGAAAGUAGUAUGUAUCUUUGGAAUCCCGCUAUUAGAGAAUGUAAACUUAUACCAGAUUUUAUUAAAUUCGGGGGCCCUUUUGGGUUUGGUUAUGAUCGAGUAGAUGAUGAUUAUAAGGUUAUUAGUACUACAGGAUAUCCGUUUGAUGUAUCUGUUGGGGUGUAUUCAGUUAAAAGAAAUGUAUGGCGAAAAUUGCCUGAACCAAUUGAAGAACCUCAUUUUGAUGUGUGUGUUAACGGAUUCUUCUAUGGUAUUGGAAGGAAUGGUAUGAUGACGUUUGAUUUGAACAAGGAGUUGUUUAAUCAUUCUAUUAAGCUGCCUAUUAUUGAUUAUGAUUAUGGUAAUGAUGUAACUCGUAUUAUCGAGUUUAAUAACUCUAUUGCUGUUAUUCAAGUCUGGGCUCAUGGAUUGAAUGGUGAUGUGGCUGUUGAGGGACUAAAGAAGAAGAUUAACAUCUGGACAUUGGAUGGUGAUGCAUGCCUCAGAGUUGGUGGAGGCGAGGUAUCAUGGACACUAAUGUUUAGUAUUGAUCUAGCUAUGCCGAGGUAUCUUAUUUUUGGCUAUUUCAGCAAUAACAAUCUCUUACUAUCAAUAAGAACACCAUCAAUAACAGAAAAUGACUGUGUGUGGAUUUUGUGUGAUGCCCAUAAGAAAGAGGCCAAGCUUAUCCCACCUUCAAUUAUUAUGCCUGAUCAUCAUUGUAUUCAAAAUGUUUUCAAGUAUUCAGAGAGCCUAGUUUCACUCCCAGGAUUCAAACAAGUCAAUUGGAAUGCAGGUGAAGAUACUAGUUAA